AUAAGAAUGUUGUCUCUGUCGAUAGCAAGGUCACUAUCUGUUCCUUCUAAACCUCUACUAGUCCAUUCGUUGAGAAGCUUGUAUCACUUCAAAAGAUUUUUGAACUUUUCAUCCAGCAAUGGUUUUUCUAAUGGUUUGAACAAGAACGAUACAAUUUUCAAACUGAUCAACUUGCUUCAUACUAAUCCUGUUCAAAACAAUAUCAUAAACGAAAAUGAACAACAUCCAACUGUAAUUGGAAUUGACUUGGGCACAACCAAUUCAGCCGUUGCUGUUCUAGAAAAGAAUUAUUCUUCGCCAGAAAUUAUAGAGAAUGAUCAGGGUUUCAAAACAACGCCAUCGGUUGUGUCAAUUCUCCAACCAACUAACGAUACUAAUAAUAGUAAUAAUAGUAAUAAUAGUAAUAAUAGUAACAAUAGUAACAAUAGUACUAGUAGUCAGAUUAAAGAUAACUCCAAAUAUAAUGUGAUAGUAGGCGAACCUGCAAAGAGACAAUCAAUUAUCAACUCAGAAAACACCUUUCAUGUCACCAAAAGAUUAAUUGGAAGAAAAUUUCAAGAUAGAGAGGUCCAAAGAGAUUUACAUAACUUGCCUUAUAACAUUGUUGAGCAUUCAAAUGGCGAUGCAUGGGUCAGGACCUCUUUUAACAAUUUAUCCUUUUCUCCUUCCCAAAUUGCAAGCUUUAUACUAAGCAGAUUGAAACAAACUGCCGAAUCAAAGCUAAACAAACCAGUUAGAAAUGCUGUAAUAACUGUUCCUGCUUACUUUAAUGACUCUCAAAGAACCGCAACCAAAACAGCUGGAAAGCUAGCUGGCUUGAACGUUUUAAGAGUUAUAAAUGAGCCAACAGCAGCAGCUUUAGCUUACGGUUUAAAUAAAAAAAAAAGUGGCUAUUUUGCUGUUUAUGAUCUCGGUGGUGGAACUUUUGAUAUAUCUAUUCUAGAUAUCGAAAGCAGUGUUAUCGAAGUUAGAUCAACUAACGGCGAUACUCAUUUAGGUGGAGAAGAUUUUGAUAAUAUCAUUUUAAAUAAUGUUCUAUCUUAUUUGAAAAAAGAAAAAAAUCUCGACCUUUCAAACGAUCAUAUAUCAGUACAAAGAAUCAAAGAAGCUUCAGAAAAUGCUAAAAUUGAGCUAGAUAAAAAAGAAAAUGUUGAAAUUAGUAUUCCUUUUAUAAAGGACUCAAUUCACUUGAAUUAUCCUUUAACUUCUAAAAAAUUAACAGAUUUAACUCAGCCUUUGAUUGAUAAAACUUUAGUAGCAGUUAAAAAGGCUUUGAAAGACGCUGACUUGGAACCAGAAGAUAUGGACGAAAUUAUUUUAGUUGGUGGUAUGACUAGAAUGCCUCAAGUUAAAGAUUCUGUCGAAGGGUUUUUUGGUAAACAACCAAAACACUCAGUUAAUCCUGAUGAGGCUGUUGCUCUUGGAGCUGCUAUUCAAGGCGCUGUUUUAUCUGGAGCCAUUAAAGACGUUUUAUUGUUAGAUAUAACUCCACUCUCCUUGGGUAUUGAAUCUUAUGGUGGUAUAUUUGCUCCAAUAAUUCCAAGAAACACAACCAUUCCUACAAAAAAGACUCAAAUUUUUUCCACCGGCGUUGAUGGCCAAACAGGCGUCGAAAUUAGAGUCUAUCAAGGAGAGAGAACUUUGGUCAAACACAACAAAUUAAUUGGCAAUUUCAAAUUGUCCGAUAUUCCUGUUGCACCAAAGGGUACUCCACAAAUCGAGGUAAUGUUUGAUAUUGAUGUCGAUGGUAUUUUAAAAGUAUCUGCAAAGGAUAAACAAACCGGCAAAGACUCUUCUAUAAUGGUUGAUGGCUCUUCUGGUUUAUCUGAGAAAGAAGUUAAUAAAAUGAUUAAAGAUGCCGAAAAAUUUAAGGAUAUCGAUCAAUCCCGCAAAAUCAAAAUUGAGCAGGCAACAAAAUCUGAUUUGUAUUGUUCUGAUUAUGAACAUGCAUUAAACUAUUUCAAAAAUGUUGUUUUGAAUUCCGACAAUCAACUUUUAAAGGAUAAUUUUAAUGAGUUGAAGAACAAGAUUGAUUCUUUAAAGAAAAUUAUUUCAAUUGUUAGAAAUGAAAAUGAAGAGGACACUUCUAAUCUAACAAGUGCUGAAAUUGACAGUAAAACUCAAGAGCUUCAUGGUUUAAAUGCAAAGGUAUUUUCAAUGAUAGCUGCAGAGCAAAAAAAACACUCCAAAGAUAAAAAAUAAUUUAAAUCAACAGAACCGAUAACAAUCUAAAAUGCAUGUCCAUUUUGUUUAUUCGUUUUGUUUGUUUUGAUGCCAUUUUGAUACCAUUUUUUUCCCUCUUUUUUUUUGAAUUUUACAUGGUUUGCUGCAUAAUUGGAUGCAGAGUUUGUAUGAGAUUUCUAAUAUCUAAUGUAAUAUUCAAAAUUCAUUGUACAUAAUUAUAUAAUAGCCGGAUCUUAAUAUGUAUCUUCUGUACUAUAAUAUAAUAAGAUUGUCUUUUCUUUUCUUU